AUCUAUAAGAUGCACUCACUCGUGCAGUUUUAUACACGAGCCUGGCUCUCGUCAGUGGGUGAUACGGUAAGAUGGAAGCAGACAUUUCUACAUAUCAUAUCAGAGAAUUACCCGCCGGGGAGGUAUGAGAACUGGUCAUAGUGUCAACAACUUAAGCCUUACAUUGCGCAGCUUAUCGAAACCCAGCCUGCGGAUGCUAAGGGUGCGACACAAUUGGCGCAGUUAUUAACAAACGUAGGAUGGUAUAGCUAGCAAGUUGGAGGGUACGAGAGGGCCGAGGCAUUACUUCGGAGGGCAGUGAAGGUUCGAGAGGCAGUUCUUAGCGCAAAGAAUAGUGAUACACUUAUAAGCGUUACCAUUCUUGCUCUUGUGCUUCGGGACCAGGGGAAGUACGAAGAACCUAAGCUAAUGAACCGACGGGCGCUUGAUGGUCGUGAGAAGGCGCUAGGAAAGGACCAUCCAGACACACUCACGAGCGUCAGCAAUCUUGCUGGAGUGCUGCGGCACCAGGGCAAGUACGAAGAAGCGGAAGCGAUGCACCGAUGGGCGCUUGAUGGGCGUGAGAAGGCGCUGGGCAAGGACCAUCCCCACAUAUGUACAAGCAUCUGCUCCCUCGCUUACCUCUGCCAUAAGCAAAAUCGACUCGAUGAAACCGACAAGCUUUAUGGAAACGCCUUGAAUGGAUUCAGGAAAGUGUUAGGGCCAAGUCAUCCUACUACGUUAGCUUGCGAGGGUCACUAUGCGUCUUUGAGUAAAGAGAUGGCUGCAAUGAGGUGAC